AUGUCAGUACCAAGAGCUGUAACCCCGAGCUACACUUGGGCUUACCAUGCGGUGUUGCUCAGGGAGUCCCUGCAGCACUUACCUUGUCCUUCGUUCCCACGAUGUGUCCCCGGCCAUCUCCUCCGGCCGAUGCCGGCAUCCGGCUUCCGUGUUCCGGUCCCUGUGACGUCGGGACGUACGGGCGCCGAAACUGGCGGCAUUUGAAAUUUUAAAAAAAAUUUCAUUUUUAAAAUGAUUAUUUUGUUCCCUAGUGCUUUGUCCUGUGCCCUGCUUUGCAUUUUGACUGUUCUUUCUG